GGGGCGGGGCGCGCAACUGCAGCGGGCGGCUAUGGCGGCCGACGGCGACUGGCAGGAUUUCUAUGAGUUCCAGGAGCCGGCCGGAAGCCUCCUGGAUCAGGAGAACUGUAACGCGAGCCCCGAGGCCGGGGUCGGGGCCGGGGCCGCGGUCGGAGUCGGGGCCGGGGCAGGGGCGGGCGGGGGCGGCGACGGCUUCCCGGCGCUGGCUUGCAGCCUGGAGGAGAAGCUGAGCCUGUGCUUCCGCCCCGCCGUGCCCGGCGCCGAGCCCCCGCGGGCGGCCGUGCGGCCCAUCACGGAGCGCAGCCUGCUGCAGGGGGACGAGAUCUGGAAUGCCCUGACAGAUAAUUUUGGAAAUGUCAUGCCUGUAGACUGGAAGUCAUCCCACACUAGGACUCUACAUUUGCUUACUCUGAAUCUCUCAGAAAAAGGGAUAAACGAUGGUUUGCUUUUUGACACAUCAGAUGACGAAGAGCUGAGAGAACAGUUGGAUAUGCAUUCAAUCAUUGUCUCUUGUGUCAAUGAGGAGCCCCUCUUCACGGCAGACCAGGUUAUUGAAGAAAUUGAAGAAAUGAUGCAGGAAUCACCAGACCCAGAAGAUGAUGAGACCCCUACACAGUCAGAUCGGCUGUCAAUGCUGUCCCAAGAGAUUCAGACUCUGAAGAGAUCUAGUAUGAGCAGCUAUGAAGAGAGGGUGAAGAGGCUGUCCGUGUCUGAGUUAAACGAGCUCCUGGAAGAAAUCGAGACUGCCAUUAAGGAGUACUCCGAGGAACUGGUGCAGCAGUUGGCCCUGCGAGAUGAACUGGAGUUUGAAAAGGAAGUAAAAAACAGCUUUAUUUCUGUCCUUAUCGAAGUGCAGAACAAACAGAAAGAGCACAAAGAAUCAGCCAAAAAGAAAAAGAAACUAAAAAAUGGCAGCUCUCAGAAUGGGAAGAACGAGAGAAGUCACGUGCCGGGCACACGCUUCAGCAUGGAAGGGAUCUCAAAUGUCAUUCAGAAUGGCCUCCGCCACACCUUUGGAAAUGCAGGUGGAGAGAAACAGUAUUUGACCACAGUCAUUCCUUAUGAGAAAAAAAAUGGACCACCAUCUGUUGAAGAUCUUCAGAUAUUAACAAAAAUUCUUCUUGCCAUGAAGGAUGACAGUGAGAAAGUUCCGAGUUUGUUAACUGACUAUAUUUUGAAAGCAUUGGUAUGAAGGCUGGAUUGUUCGGAGUUCUGUGUCCCACCUAGAGCAGCAUUACUCGAGGAGCAGCUUUCUCUUCCACGGACUACAAAUGUGAUGUCCUAUAGCAUUAUUCAGAACGCUGGCCACCGUGUCCUUCCUGCUGUUGGAAACCCAGCACACUUGAACUUGGGUUUGUGAUACAGUAUUAAUAGAUCAUGACUUCACUAAUGCUCUGUUUAUAGAACCCGGAGAACUAUGGCAUUCAAAUUCUAGAGAUGGUUUUCGGUAAACCUGCUAACAAUGAUGAAACUCUUCUCUUAGUAGAGAGAUAAAUUGUGCAUGUGCAGUUACAGUUUUCUAGUAUGCUCCUUUGAGUUUGUACGGCUUUCUACAUCUAAAUUGCACUGAAGAACUAGCGUGAAGCUUUGAGAUUUAUACCGCAGCUAUUCUUCAGUGUUGGCAAGAACAGAUUUUUAUAAGACAACUGUACGUAUUACCCACCAGUAUUGUCCGGAGACCAAAACUGAAAUUUGUGCCGUUUGGAGGACGCCACACCGGAAGCGUUACGGCUCGUGGACCCCACCUCGGCGGGUGACCGGCCUGGGAGCCCGCCGCUGGUUUCGCCGCUGUUCCCAUUUUCACCAUGGCGUUGCCAUGUCUCUCUCGUGUUCCCUGUAGCUGUGUCAGUUUUGUGUGUCUGUGACGAAGUGUACUUUAAAGGAGCCUGUAUCCUUCCUGGUGCUUAAGAAACUGCUGCAGCACUGCCCACACGGAGCCCUAACGGUUCUGUCGCUUGUCCCCGUGUGUCCCCAUUUCCCAUCUUCCCUGUAGUCCUAAUUCGACACAGCUACUCACCGACAUAUCACUCAUCAUGAACCAUGUUGCCAGUUUCAAUCAAGUUGAUGGUGUUUAAUAAAUGUAAAAACAUACAUUCUUAA